GAUGCUUUCCUUCGCCAGUAGAAAUCGCAGCUCAGCUCUCAUCGCAUCCCACCUUGUCUGUCGCUCUGAUGGCUCCGGCCUUUAUCCCUCGGCUCUGCUGCUUCUUUCUUCUGUCUGCACUUGUCUGGGUGCCGCCUGCAAGUACAUUUUAUGUCCUGAAGAUUUCUACAGAUGGUCCUGUAACAUCUGGGGCUCAAUCCUGCGUGAAUGGCACCUUAUUCAAAACCAAUAGAAGUGUUUCUGUAGCCACUGACCCCAAACCCUAUCAUUUUCACUGGAGGUACUCCCCUCUGCUUCUCACACACCAGUCAGAGAAUGAAUCCAGUUCCUCCAUCACUGUGCUGGGAAAUGCCCCAGGAAACUACUCCAUAGCUGUCUGGGUAACAGAGAGGCAUUGCCAGUCAUGUGAGCCAGUUGCCAGGAGCACCACGCAUCUCCAGUUUACAGAUUCUAUAGUUGGGAAUCUUUCCGCCAGCCAAGCAGAAGGCAAUUCCUCCAUCAGAGACGGCUUUAUUGAGGCAACAGAGAGUGAUGUCUGUCUGUCCUUCAAGAUUCAUGACCCAAGUGACUUUUUUAAGUCAGCGGAGUUCAGAUACAUUUGGGCACUUGGGGACGGGACUGAAUUGGUGACGGCUGUUCCAUACGCUCGCCAUUACUAUUCCAGCCCCGGGAAGUACAAGGUUUCUCUCAAUGUAUCUGCCCAGGUCCCAAGACGCGAUGGCCAAGCAGAAAAGAAAACUGGCAGUUUUGCAGUGGAACUGACCUUACUAGAUGCCCUUAGAAAUAUCACUGUCGUUGGUUCUACAGAUGCCACUGUAAGGCUCAAGUACAACGUAUCACUUCAUUUCUUUGGCAGUCCCCCUCUAAUGGUUUGCUGGCUAGUAAAAUCAGAUUGUAUAUCCUUGGGUGAACAUCAGUGCCACCAAGUGGCCAUAAAUGAAACCACUUACAGUAUCGGGCAUGUAUUUAACUCUGCUGGACGUUACUGCCUGAGUGUCAGAGCCGAAAAUCAAGUCAGCACCCUACAGAAUUAUCACAGUAUAACAGUACAUUCCACAGGUAUUUAUCCAUUAUGGUUUGUUUUGCCCUGCUGUGCACUCAUCGCAACAAUGCUUGGUUUCAUCUUCUCCCUCCUACUCAAAUCUGGCAGCAACAGCUCACACCAUAAGAUGCCAAUAGAGGUUGCAGAUUUUGAUUUUUCCCCAAGCGAUGACAAACAUAUUCCACUAUCGGAAUGCAAGGAACCCGCCCCAGGAUUCUGUGCCUAUUGUACGGGUCGGGAUAAGGAGGCAGAACCACUACUAGAGGGGUGUGCAACACCAGCCAGGCAUUACAUGCUGUGAAGCUCCAAUGGAUUCUCCCUAACUCAUUAAUGAGUCUGAUGUUCAAAGUAUUGAACCCUCUGGACUCACCUAUGCAAACACAUAGCCCUGUUCUGAAUUAGAACAAAAUGGGAAAGUCAGAUGAAAUGAAAAGUGCCUCUUGUGUAUGUAUAUACAAUGUCACAUCUUUCGGUUUCCCAUGGUUCCAUUUGGCCAAAGAAGAACAUUAUCUCAUUAUCCUACGAUGGGAAUAUUGACGAUCCCGGAUCCUUUACUUUAAAUUGCCUGGGCAUAAUGGGAAUCAUGCAUGUGCUGGCUUUGGAAACAAACAAAGGAGAUGAGCAACAUUUUGUCCUCUGCAAUGUUUAUUUAUUUAUUUUUUUCUUAGAUAUUUAGAAAAUGCAGCAGCUGCUACUGAAAAUACCUUAAUGGGGUAGUUUAUCUUAAAAUUGAGGUUUAGUAUAAUAUAAACAUUGAUAUUCCUGGACAAUUUGCAAUUGGGCUUCAUUUUUUUAUAU